GACGCGGUGGGGAGUAGUCAGAGGUGCAGCUCUUAGCCAUUGGUCGCCUCAGACACAGGAGCUCGCUCCCUCUCAUAAAUGCGCCUCCGCCGCCGACCGCGGCAGAUAAUCACAGGCCACAGUCAGAGGGACACACCUUCUGCUCGUUUUGCCACACUUUACACGGGAAUGCGUUCUUAUCCACGGAGAAGAGGUCAUCUGUCCGUGCGUUAGCUGCCGCUUCCUUUUCAGCUUCGCACUUUGGCAAUUUGGCGACUUUUACGCACGGCCUGUCUUGUUAGGAGGCUGCUACUUGUCAGGCAUUUUAACAACAAUGACUGGGGUUUUUGAAAACCUGAAUACUGAUAUGCAUUCCAACCAGAUUACCUCAAGCAACUACCACAGCUUGCACAAAUCGCAGGAGUCUCCCACACUACCGGUGUCCACGGCGACGGACAGCAGCUACUACAACAGCCAGCAGCCGGGACACUGCGCCGGAUCACCGUUUGGACAACUCGGUUCGUACCAGUACCACGGCAACGCCAACGGCACCGGGCCAUACAACUCCAAGUCUUACGAUCUUGGUUUUAAUUCAACCUACGGCGCGUACACCUCCUACGGCCCAAACUCGUCUCCUACUCCAGUAGAUGCAGAGAAAGAAGAGAGUGAGCCAGAAAUUCGGAUGGUGAAUGGAAAACCAAAGAAGGUCAGGAAACCUCGAACCAUUUAUUCCAGUUUCCAGCUGGCAGCACUUCAGCGGAGGUUCCAGAAGACGCAGUACUUGGCUCUGCCGGAGCGGGCCGAGCUCGCAGCCUCUCUGGGCCUAACGCAAACACAGGUCAAAAUCUGGUUCCAGAACCGUCGCUCCAAAUUCAAGAAAUUGUGGAAAAGCGGAGAAAUCCCCCCGGAGCAACACGUCGCUUCCAGUGAAUCACCUCCCUGUGCGUCUCCGCCAACUACAGCAUGGGACUUUCCACAGAGUCAGAGAAUGAACGGCGUCACCUCCACGUUACCUCAGCUCAGCAGCAGCGGCAGCAGCAGUCCCCUCAACUCCGCUGCUCCAUCCUCGUUCUUGGCCAACUACUCCUGGUACUCCACCACGAACUCUCCCACCACGCAUAUGCAGUCCCCUCUGGUCCAGCACCACCCAGGUUCCGCCAUAAGUGCUGGGACUAUAUUCUGAAAAGAACAGAACAAACACCGGACAUUAAAAUGCCAGUAUCACUUCAUUUUGAUGACUUUCACGCUCAUCCGAGUGAAGCCGAUGGAGCCGGUCUGCUUCACGGAUGAUGCCGGGGUGGUGUUUAUGUGCCGGCAGAGGAUAGGAAAAAAACUACCACCCCUACACUUAUUUUUGUAUUUAUUUAUUUUGUUUAUUGUGUCGAGGGAUGACUGAACCACUAUUACCCAAAGCAAUUGCAGCCUUUUACGUGCGGACGUCAUUUUGUUCAGCCAUUAUCCUGCGAAAAUAACGUCGUCAUCGCAGCAGGACCACAAAUGUAGCACACAUUCAAACUGUACCGUGCCUUUUUUCCUACAUGACCUCAUUUUGUUGUGCGAAAUUAGUGGGUAAAACUCUUUCUUUUAUCCAUUCCUCAUGUCAUUAGUUGAAUUGAAUAUAUUGAAGGGUAAGUGUAAGAAAUUUCACGUUUGUAAAUAUUUUAGCACGUUUUUUUUUUUGUUUGUUUUGUUUUUUGAGGCGCUUUGACUCUUUUUAGUCUCUUUUGGUGCAAAUGCAGUUUCCACCGUAAGCUACUGAUUGUUCUGCCCUCUGAUUUACUUGUAUCACUUUUAUAUGUUAUAUUUUUGUCCUAUUUAUUUUAGCACGUGUUUCUCAUACGGCCAGACCUUAUUUAAAUAAAAAACAUUCUGUGUCUAGCCUAUGCAUCAUUUAUUUUUUUACAUCAAUUUUGGCUUCUUUCUUUAUUGUUAAAUUUAUUCGAUUAAUUAUCAAUAUUUAUUUCUAUUUUCUGCUCUGUAAUUGUCAGUAAAUAAAAUCAUUAACAAACUAUAUGUUAUUUUUGAAACAUUUCAAUCAGAUAUUAACUCUUUCACAUCAACGGUUAACUGAUGCACGUGCUUCAUUUUGCAAUUUUCUUUUUCCCCCAUAAUAACUAUAUGACUCAAAAAACGACAGACAUUGGUAAAUCCUAAAAUCCCUAAACUACUUUGCUUAGUUUUAUGCUGUAAAAAAAGAUAAUUAAAUAAGAACAUAUUAACCUAAUUCAUUACAUAAAUACAAAUGUAUUCUAGGUUAUCGCAAUAACACCAAUAUAACCUUAAUGUAAUAAAACCUACAACAUAGACCAUUUUUAUUCUUAUUUAAUUUGUAACAGAUUUUUUUAAAUUUGUCAUCACCAAAUAUUGGGUUCAUUUUAGAGGUAAAUGUGUUGCAUUCACCAAGUACAUAUCAAGUAUAAAUAAAAUCAUAAAUAACAGUGACAUUUGUUUGUUUCACUAUGUUUUUAUUUUUAACAUUUUUCCUAUUUCACGUCAUGUACACAUGAUAU